ACUGCCAGCCGGUAGUGGGAAUGGCCGGAUAGGCUACGAGGAGCAUGGAGAUUUAUCUGCAAAGGAGGACCCGGACAAAUGUGCCCACACAUCCUCUCAGCCCAACCCAGGACCGCUGUCAUCCCGAAACCUGCGGGGCCGGUGCAAGCGCAGGGCAGGGCCUCUGCGCCCGGCCCCCUCCCUUGAGUAGAAAAGCAGCCUCAGGCUGUGGCGCCCCACCACGCCGUCCGGGUGAGCCUUGCGGUCUCUCCAUUUAUCGCUUGAGAUCUCCAGCCUUACCGCGGCUCGAAAUGGACCCCAACUGCUCCUGCAUCACUGGUGUCUCCUGCGCCUGCACCAGCUCCUGCAAGUGCAAAGAGUGCAAAUGCACCUCCUGCAAGAAGAGUGAGUGCGGGGCCAUCUCCAGGAAUCUGGGGCUUUGGCUAAGGUUGGGAGGGAACUCAAGGCUGGCCCUGAGUGCAUCCUUCUGGGGAACUGGGCUUCCUUUGCCCUUGUUGGCCGUGUCAUUCCCUCUCCAGGCUUUCUGGCCUGAGUUCAGAUGGGGCAGGGAAGCAUUUUUCUUUCGGGACACAAAUCCCAACGGUAUCCCCUAUGGUUUCAGAACAGAGCUGUGCCAGACGAAAAAAGCUUCCUCUGGGUCUGGGUUCUGAGCUCGAGCCAGGCUUGCUAUUGAGGCAGGGAGGUGCCUGGUGAAGUCUACUGCCACCUCUCACUCUCCC